UCUGGUGGAUUCCUUCAUUUGCUGAAGUGCCUACAAAACUGUUGCUGCUUAAUGGCAGAGUGAGUAGACAGAAGGAAGCUGAACUUUGGAUCUGAUCAUCUGAAACUUGCUGUAAAACCAAAAGACAAAUUUUAUUUCUCAAGAAAGUAAACAAAUAAGAGAGACUGGAGCCUCCAAAUCCUAGCAAUCCACCCAACCAGCAACUGGGGAUUUGGGAAGUUCAUUUAGAUGAAAGCACAGAUCGAAAAUACUACUUUAACACCGUCACAAAAGAGAAGACUUGGAAGCCACCUCGGCACUUUCUGGGAAUGCAGAACAUGAAGGAUGGAUCCACAGCUCUUUCGAAAGCAAAUACUCAGACAACAUUGUCUACUUCAUCCCAGUUCAGCUCUGCUGCUGUUCUGCGGAGGGUGAAAAGUGGAACUGCUAACUGUGACCGCCUCAGCCAAACAAAGUCAAUGGUGUUGACUGACCCCAACCAACUUAAGUUUCCAAUAGCCCGUCACAGGCGAAAUCAUUCUCAGCACAACCUUUCAGACAUUACUGGGAUGGCGGAUCAGUCUCCACUGGAGAAAAAUGGCAUCUUGAACAAAGCAAAGAUAACAGAAGGAGGCAAAAAACUGAGGAAAAACUGGACCAGUUCUUGGGUUUGCCUCGAGGGAGACAAAAUUGAAUUCUACAAAGAAAACAAACAACAAACUUUAGCCAGUUUGAAAAUAGGCUGCAAGCCAGAAAAUGCAGACCUGGGUGGUGCUCAGAUUGAUUGGGCAAAAGACAAAUCGAGCAGAAAGAAUGUUCUUCAGCUAACAACAAUGACAGGGAAUGAAUUUCUUCUCCAUUCUGAUGAUGACAGUAUACAUGACUGGUACAGGGCCAUCAGACAUGUGAUUGAUAAAAUGUCAAAGAAGGGGGUCUCAAUACCAGCACACAGUAUCUGGAAAAGUUCAAGCAGUGAAGAAGUGAACAGGUGUGAGGGAGACAAGCCUAAUCCAAAAGAAGCAAAAUCUGAGCAGAGAAAAUCAUUAAUACUACGACUGAACCACAGCGCAUCUGACACCUCUGAGAAGAAGAGAGUUAAGAGCAGACUAAAAAAAUUUAUAACAAGACGACCUUCAUUGAAAACUUUACAAGAGAAAGGCCUGAUUAAAGAUCGAGUAUUUGGCUGCCACCUGGCUACACUGUGCAAACGUGAGGGAAGCACUGUUCCAAAAUUUGUGAAACUUUGCAUUGAGGCCGUGGAGAAAAGAGGUUUGGAUGCUGAUGGCAUUUACAGAGUGAGCGGCAAUCUGGCGAUAAUACAGAAAUUACGAUUUGUAGUGGACCAUGAAGAGAAGCUGAAUUUGGAUGACAGCCAGUGGGAGGACAUCCACGUCGUCACAGGAGCACUAAAGAUGUUUUUCAGAGAGCUGCCUGAGCCACUUUUUCCAUUCGGCUUUUUUGAUCAAUUUGUAGACGCCAUAAAAAAUCAGGAUUACGAUCAACGUGUUCAGUGUGUUGCAAAACUGGUGAAGAAACUUCCAAAACCUAACCACGAUACCUUGAGCGUUCUCGUUACACAUUUACAGAAGGUAAUAGCAAAGUCAAUGGUGAACCUGAUGGUGUCGCAAAGUUUAGGCAUCGUAUUUGGACCAACUCUUAUGUGGCCUGAAAUGGAAAAUUCAAAUAUGGCAGUGAACAUGAUGUACCAAAACCAGAUAAUCGAUCUGAUACUUACCGAGCAUGCUGAAAUCUUCAACCCCGAGGGGUUGUGAGCGUGCCGUACUCCCAGAGGUUAAUCUUGCUCUCAGAUAUGAUGUUUGUGAAAACAUUGUUAAUUUGUGGUUCUGCUGCAUGCACAAGGUUGCGAGCACAUUAGCAUGCUCAUUUUUUUUGUUUUUUCCCUCAGUUUCAUUUAUAUUAAUCUGUACAGAUUAAUUUUACCUGGAAUUGUGCUUUUAUUAUUUUGUUUUGUUUUUAAUCACCGAUUGAUGGUUGCUUAUUUUUAUAUGAUUCAGUACAAACUAUUUGGACAAAAGUGCCUUUACUUUUCUAAUCUAAAAUAUUCUGCUAAUAUUGGCCAGAUUGCAGUCAAACUCAAACUGCAUGAUUAUUUGAACAGUCAGUGAUUGAAGACAACAAAAUGUAAUUUUAAUUAUUAAAAUAGAGUAAAUUAAAGGGCAUAUUUUUAACGUUAUUUUUUUUAAAGGAAUAGUCUGGAGAAUAUCACUUAUCGCUUUGGAACAUUUCAGAAAAGAUAAAGGACAUCUCUUUAUAGCAAGGCAUAAAGAACUAUCUCAUAAAUAAUUUAAGGCAGUCAAAAAUGCUGGAGAAACUCAGCAGGUGAGGCAGCAUCUAUGGAAUGAAGAGAUAGGUGACGUUUCGGAUCGAGACCCUUCUUCAAUUUACUCAGUUAAUUGAGCUUGAGGAAUAUAAUAGUUUAAGGUCUUCAUAGACUUGGAUACGGAUCAUCGAUGAUUGAUUGGUGGAACAUAUAUAGGGAUCAAUAGGCCCACCGCUGCUCUUAUAUUUUCCUCCACCCUUGUCCACCAAAUCUGGGCCUCUGCUUUAGAUUUCUCACUGCACUCAUCUAUUCAAAGCCCCACCCCUGCUUCCUGGGUAAUUAAAUCUGAUAUCUGAUUUAUCCCAAUUCCUCAUCCAUCUGAAUAUCACACCAAGCAACAAACUAAUCAUCACAUACUCUUCAUCACAUAAACUAUUUCAUUAAAAAAAUCAAGGCUUGUGACCAAAUACUAAGUGUCUUUUGCUCUUUCGAUAGAUGUGGGUGUAGAUAGUCAAAUCAGCAUUUACUGACAAACUUAAUUUUCCUUGAAAUGUGUAGCAUUCUGGGUCACUCCCAGGUUAGAAGAAGGAUCAGAUUACAACAGAUUAAUAAAGUUUGUGUCAAUUGAGGAUUUUGUCUGAUCUGUUCCAUGAGAUUGAAUAAUUUGAUUGAAGAAGGGUUUUGACGCAAAACGCCAACUAUCCAUGUUCUCCGGAGAUGCUGCCUCACCUGCUGAGUUACUCCAGCACUUUGUGCCCUUUUGUGUAUUAAACAGCAUCUGCAGUUCUUGUUUCUACAGAUUAUCAAAACUUAUUGCCAAGUAUGAAGAAUUAGCACUCAUGAAGUAGUAGAGGGUUGCUGGCAAUGAUGACAAAGUUGCCAAGUGUUAAUAUUGCAAUAACUUUCUAAUUAACCAAUUAUAGCUACUUGUACAUCGAUCAACUUUUUUUUAUACCCAGUCUCAUAGAUACAACUUCGGGUUUGAUCAAUGGUUAAUUCAAUAAUUCACUGGAAGAUUGCUUUUCUCUUUGAGCAAUGAAGCUAUCCUAACAAACAGAAAAGCUAUUUCAUGUUAUCUUUAAGACUGGGUUUCUCCUACUGAUAUUUUGCUUUUCGUGUUUGCUAGGUUCCUUUUUCACUUCCGCUGACUUUCGCACUCAGAGGUUUACCUCAUGCCAGACAGUUUAUUUUCUGAAAGACAAAAUGUUGGCUUUUUUUCCCCCUCACUGAGGUGAGAAAGUUCUACCCACCUACAAAAAUUUGGCUUUGAACUGGUAACACUGAUCACGCAUGUUUGCUGGACUCAAAGGUGCGAGCCAGGCAGAUCUGAAGCCCAGCCCAUGCUAAUUUUCUCAUCAAAAACCACUUCCAGUAGGGUGUGAACUAAGCGUUGUCUUAACAUCCAGUCCUCAUGCAUGAAUCACUUUCAACUGAUUAUUGAUUGAGUUAACAAAAAGCUCAAUGAGUUUUACACAACCGUUGAAGGGGCAUUGCUGGCAGGAAUUUACAGCUCGCAAGGCCAGAUUUCUCCAGAGACAACACGGAAUACAACUCCUUGUAUUUGAUCUGCAAGGUUUGGAUACAGAGACUUGCUGAAUUUGGAAAAAGGUGCCUUCCGCACAAAAGACUGAAAAUUAAAGUCCAACAUUUGCUAUUGACUUUGAGUCUCUAAAUUGUCAACACACAGUGGCAGCUGAAAAAAUAACUUCAAUAUACAAUCUCCAAAUGUCUUCUCUCUCACUUAAUAAGAGAACAUAUUGUGACUCUGUUGGUACUGCAAUACUGAUAAUAUUUGUUUUUAUUAUUUAGUACCUGUAUUCUUAAAAAUUAAACAUAAAAUAUGUUGUAUAAAUAUUUCUCUGUAUCUGCUUUGUGAAAGAGCAGGAUUAUCUCCUAAUAAUGUUAUGGAAAUAUAUGUCAAGAAAUCAGCAAAAUUUAGAAAGUUAUUGCAAUAACAGCUUUUGGCAGUUUUGAUGAUCAGCCUUUCCGAAUUAGAUCCAUUUUCGAAUUCCGGUCACAUGAUGUUGUGCCGAUAGGAAUUGACAAAAAAAAAGCGUCCUGCAACUAUGUAAUUCAUUGAGUUCCUAACAAACCAACUGCGCAGAUAAACCAUUUUCAGAUGGUUGUAUGCUUGUGUCAAGAUGUGAACACUGCAAGGACAGGGUUUAAUCGAGAUUCCAGGUCUAUUUCUAAAUCGCUCUUCAACAUGAAAAACUGACAAGAGAAAACAUUUGUUUUCUGAUCAAUUAUCAUUGUACAAUUCAGAAAAGGGGAACUUAUAGAAGAAAAAGGGACGCAGCUUUCUAAAUUAUAUCACCUGAUAGUGGUUGCUGAAGCCCAAUUUUAUUCGAGUUUUAACAUCAAGUGAGAACAACGACUAUUCAACCAAAAUAUAUGUCUGAGUGACCAAAUUAUAUUUCAUCUUUUUUAAGUGAUAUUGGCCUUUAUGGAACAACCCUAAAUAAAAUGUCUCCCAAAUUGCUAUCUAUUGUGCAACAAUUUUGUAUACUUCAAUUGUAAGCAAAAUUGUACAGGUAUCUCUCUGGUUUUGCUAGGUAAAUGCAUUACCAUUUUUCCACCAUGUUAUCUGUUUUGAAAUUGAAAAUAAAAUUGGAACUGCUUAAGCUUCUUG